AUGAGCAACCAGUCUCUUCUGCAGUAUCUCUCUGUUGCCCUCCCGGCAAUUCCUAUUCAAGGUGCUGCCCCAUCGCGGAAUACAACGAACCCCCGCUAUGGUGCGGGGGACAUCUCUCAGGUCGUCGAUUGGCCAGAGUUCAAUUAUGCAACAAUUAUUCAACGAUACGGCGGCAUUUUGAACUCAAAGCAGAUCGUGUCCGAUCCUUUCAGGUCCCCUCCUGCCGCUAUCAGAGAUGAGCCUCAUUUCCACCUUCGAUUUGCCGAGCUGCUUCAACCGCGUGUUAGGCGCGCACUUCGAGCCGGGUUUGAGGAACUAGCACCCCGGCUCCAGCAACUGAACCUUGUGCCGAUCACAUUUGACGGCGGAGGCUCUGCAGCGUACGUCGACCAGUUUCGACCAGACACUGCAUUCGUCGUCGUGGGGGGGACCUACGCCGACAGCACGAACCGAGCCCCAGGAGACAUGAAGGUCUCGUGGAAAUGGCGUUCUGACUACCGGCAUUCGCAGAACGCCUUCUUUCAAGAACAGUACAAGCAGGUCCUGGCGCAGGUGAAUUUCUAUAUGGGCCAACACAAAGCGCGCCAUGGGUUUGUGCUUACUAAUACCGAACUGGUUGCAAUCAAACGUAUCGAUACAAACGGCCGUUUAGCUGUCUCUUCGGCGAUUCCCUGGACAGCUGGAGGCCAUGGUCAGCUUACUGUGCUAAUGGGAAUAUGGUAUCUAGGGAUGCUUGCAGCCGAAGGAACCAACUGGACCCUGUAA